AUGCAGCUCCGCCGCUUCCUGCCAUUCUUCCUCCUGCCGGGUCUGGCGCUCUCCAAAGCAGAACCCCAGCCGGUGCCUGCGCCCGCGCCCGAACCGCAGGCGACCAUCCCGGCGCAAGCACUCCAGGACCUGACCACCAUGGCGCAGAGCGUCAAGGAGCUGCUGAGCCCGGAGUCGGUCAACAACAUCGAGACGACGCUGAACGGGGCCGCAAUCCUGCUGAGCGGCAGCACGCCCAACGACACCAAGGCGCUGCUGAACUCCGUGUCGGGCUUCCUCACGCCCGAGCUGGUCGACGCGGUGGGCAACCUGCUCAAUCCGCAGACGGUCAACCAGCUCAAGGACAUUGUGGACAGUGCGCACAGCCUGCUGACGCCGCAGUUUGUCAAUGAGACGGUGGCGUUGAUCAAUGAUGUUACUCCGGUAGGUUUCUUUGACGAAAUUAGGGUGCAGGAGAUAUAG